AUUUUUCCCCCUUGGUUGAUCGAUUACAGCAGUGUUACUUUCUGUGACUGUGUUCUGUGCCUGUUUUUCUUUCCCUCCCUGGCACCACUCUCUCAUCUCUACCUGCUGAUGUCUCUGCUGGCUUGCUCUCUUCCUGUUUUCUUCCAGAAAUCCCUUCACUCCUUCCCUAGGCCCUCAAGUCAGGAUGCUGCGGAGGCUGCUGGAGAGGCCCUGCACACUGGCCCUGCUUGUGGGCUCCCAGCUGGCAGUUAUGAUGUACCUGUCCUUGGGGGGCUUCCGAAGCCUUAGUGCCCUGUUUGGUCGAGAGCAGGGCCCGACGUUCGACUACUCUCAUCCCCGUGAUGUGUAUAGUAACCUCAGUCACCUGCCUGGGGCCCCUGGAGCUGCAGGAGCUCCAGCUCAAGCCCUGCCCUACUGUCCUGAGAGAUCUCCUUUCUUAGUGGGUCCUGUGUCAGUGUCCUUUAGCCCAGUGCCAUCACUAGCAGAGAUUGUGGAGCGGAAUCCCCGAGUGGAGUCAGGAGGCCGGUACCGUCCUGCAGGAUGUGAGCCUCGCUCCCGAACAGCCAUAAUUGUGCCCCAUCGUGCCCGGGAGCACCACCUCCGCCUGCUGCUCUAUCACCUGCACCCCUUCCUGCAGCGCCAGCAGCUUGCGUAUGGCAUCUAUGUCAUCCACCAGGCUGGAAAUGGGACGUUUAACAGGGCAAAGCUACUGAACGUGGGGGUGCGGGAGGCCCUGCGUGACGAAGAAUGGGACUGCUUGUUCUUGCAUGACGUGGACCUCCUUCCAGAAAACGAUCAUAACCUGUAUGUUUGCGACCCCCGGGGACCCCGCCAUGUUGCCGUUGCCAUGAACAAGUUUGGAUACAGCCUCCCGUACCCCCAGUACUUUGGUGGGGUUUCAGCGCUCACUCCUGACCAGUACCUGAAGAUGAAUGGCUUCCCCAAUGAAUACUGGGGCUGGGGUGGUGAGGAUGACGACAUUGCUACCAGGGUACGCUUGGCUGGGAUGAAGAUCUCCCGACCACCCACCUCGGUGGGGCACUAUAAGAUGGUAAAGCACAGAGGAGAUAAGGGAAACGAGGAAAAUCCGCACAGAUUUGACCUCCUGGUCCGUACGCAGAAUUCCUGGACACAAGAUGGAAUGAACUCACUGACAUACCGAUUGCUGGCAAGAGAGCUGGGUCCUCUCUAUACCAACAUUACUGCAGACAUUGGGACUGACCCUCGGGGUCCGCGGGCUCCCUCUGGUCCCCGAUACCCACCGGGUUCCUCCCAGGCCUUCCGUCAAGAGAUGCUGCAACGCCGGCCCCCAGCUAGGCCCGGCCCCAUGCCUACUGCCAACCACACAGCUCCCCAUGGUUCACACUGACUCUUCUCUGUCCACUUUAAUCACAAAACUGAAUCUAAGCGGCUGUAGCCCUCACACUCUCUGCUCCUCACCGUUCUCAGGGGGAUGUGAGGGAGCUAAACUCUAGUGCUGUGCUGGGGGGGCAGGGACCUCUCCUCACAGCUAGAUUGGAGCUGGGCUCCUCUAGACCUGGGGGUUCCUCUUCCUAGGGGCCCACCUAUCAGGGCUGAUGACUGUGAAUCCUUGAUGUCGUUUUAUGUGAUGAAUCCUGGGAGUCCCCUGCUCCCUGGGGUAGGAGCAGGGCUGGACCCCAUGUCCCUUCCUCAUCCAUGGACAUCACUCUUAUCGGAGAGCGACCUUGCUUCUCCUGGGACCUCUGUGAAUAUUUAUUCUAUUUAUGGUUCCCAAGGAGCUGUCUGGUGGAGGAAACCCCUACCUGGGCUUGAGUACCUGCCAGUGCUGGAGUACCUCCUCUGGUCUUGGCCCAGGGGAGGGGGGCAGGGAGGGGCUAGGAUUUUGAUAUCUUUUCUAAUAAAGGACUUUUGUCUCACCUUUGCUUGUGCUUUCU